AUGGAGGAGCCCGGAUCCAGCCCGGACGACGCCGUGCUCUUCUUCGGGGUGUCCCUCGUGCUGGGCAUCGGCUCCCGCCACCUCCUCCGGGGCACCCGCGUGCCCUACACUGUCGCGCUCCUCGUCCUCGGCGUCGCCCUCGGAGGCCUCGAGUACGGGACCAAGCAUGGCCUCGGCAAGCUCGGAGCCGGCAUCCGUAUCUGGGCUGCAAUAAAUCCCGACCUCCUGCUCGCGGUUUUCCUCCCUGCCCUUCUCUUCGAAAGCUCCUUCUCCAUGGAAGUACACCAGAUUAAGAAAUGCAUGGCGCAGAUGGUGUUACUCGCCGUUCCAGGCGUGGUGCUCUCGACGUUUCUGCUUGGCACCGCUGUGAAGCUUACGUUUCCAUACAAUUGGAACUGGAAAACAUCAUUCUUGUUUAGUGGACUGCUUAGUGCGACCGAUCCUGUUGCUGUGGUCGCACUUCUAAAAGACCUUGGAGCAAGUAAAAAGCUCAGCACAAUAAUUGAAGGAGAAUCCUUAAUGAACGACGGGACUGCUAUUGUUGUCUUUCAGUUAUUCUAUCGAAUGGUGCUUGGAAGAUCUUUUGAUGCAGGGUCCAUAAUAAAGUUCUUGACAGAAGUUUCACUUGGAGCGCACGUGAAUAUAUCUUCUUUCACCAAUGUUGCUCUGGGCCUUGCGUUUGGAAUUGCAUCAGUACUAUGGCUGGGCUUUAUCUUCAAUGAUACAAUCAUAGAGAUUUCACUUACCCUUGCUGUCAGCUAUAUUGCUUUCUUCACUGCGCAAGAUGCAUUCGAGGUUUCAGGUGUUCUGGCCGUCAUGACCUUGGGGAUGUUCUAUGCUGCUUUUGCAAAAACUGCUUUUAAGGGUGACAGCCAGGAAAGUUUGCAUCAUUUCUGGGAAAUGGUUGCCUACAUCGCGAACACACUUAUUUUCAUAUUGAGUGGGGUUGUCAUUGCAGAUGGUGUACUACAAGAUAAUAUCCAUUUUGAGAAGCAUGGCACUUCAUGGGGGUACCUUCUUCUGCUCUACGUGUUCGUGCAAAUAUCGCGUGCUAUAGUUGUCAGUGUUUUGUUUCCAUUGCUGCGUCACUUUGGGUAUGGUAUGGAUUUCAAAGAAGCCAUAGUUCUUGUCUGGUCAGGGCUGCGAGGGGCUGUUGCUCUAUCUCUAUCUCUGUCUGUUAAACGUGGUAGCGAUGCAGAUCAACGUUAUCUGAAAUCAGAAGUUGGAACAAUGUUUGUCUUCUUCACGGGUGGCAUCGUUUUUCUGACAUUGAUUGUGAAUGGUUCAACCACACAGUUUUUGUUGCACCUACUCGGCAUGGGAAAAUUAUCAGCAACAAAGUUUCGUGUAUUGAAGUACACAAGAUACGAAAUGCUAAACAAGGCAUUGGAGGCUUUUGGUGAUCUCAGGGAUGAUGAGGAACUUGGGCCUGCUGAUUGGAUUACUGUGAAGAAAUAUAUUACAUGUUUGAAUGACUUGGAAGAUGAACAAGCACAUCCUCAUGAUGGUCCUGACAUAGAUGAUCAUGUGCAUACAAUGAAUUUGAGGGAUACACGAGUGCGGCUUUUGAAUGGUGUGCAAGCCGCUUACUGGGGAAUGCUUGAAGAGGGACGAAUAACUCAAUCUACAGCACAUAUGUUAAUGAGAUCUGUUGAUGAGGCUAUGGAUCUUGUUUCUAGCCAAUCAUUAUGCGACUGGAAUGGUUUGCGGUCCAGUGUUCAUUUCCCAAAGUAUUAUAGGUUCCUUCAGAUGAGCAGAUUGCCACGAAGGCUUGUCACAUACUUCACAGUAGAAAGAUUGGAGUUAGGAUGCUACAUUUGUGCGGCAUUUCUCCGUGCUCAUAGAAUUGCGAGGAGACAACUACAUGAUUUUCUUGGUGAUAGUGAUAUUGCAAGAAUUGUCAUCAAUGAAAGUACUGCUGCGGGGGAGGAAGCUAAAAAGUUUCUGGAAGAUGUUCGUGUUACAUUCCCUCAGGUGCUUCGUGUAUUAAAGACUCGACAAGUAACUUAUGCGGUAUUGACACACUUGAGCGACUAUAUUCAAGACCUCGGGAAGACAGGGUUGCUCGAGGAAAAGGAAAUAGUCCAUCUCGAUGAUGCUUUGCAGACAGACUUGAAGAAACUUAAGAGGAAUCCACCGCUGGUGAAAAUGCCAAGAGUUAGCAAACUUCUAAACACCCAUCCUUUAGUUGGUGCACUGCCUGCUGCUGCUCGUGAUCCGUUGUUAAGUAAUACAAAAGAAUCAAUAAAAGGACAUGGAACGAUCCUUUACAGGGAAGGCUCAAGGCCGACUGGUAUAUGGCUUGUUUCGACUGGAAUUGUAAAGUGGACAAGUCAGAGACUCAGCACCAGGCAUUCACUGGAUCCAAUUUUGUCACAUGGAAGCACUUUGGGUCUAUACGAGGCAUUAAUUGGAAAGCCAUAUAUUUGUGACAUUAUUACAGAAUCGGUGGUGCAUUGUUUCUUCAUUGAAGCUGAAAAAAUAGAGCAACUGCGCCAGUCUGAUCCUUCUAUUGAGGAUUUCAUGUGGCAGGAAAGUGCUCUAGUUAUUGCAAGGAUGUUUCUCCCCCAAAUAUUUGAGAAAAUGGCAAUGCAUGAGAUGAGGGUUCUCAUUUCUGAAAGAUCCAGUAUCAAUAUCUACAUUAAGGGAGAAGACAUUGAACUCGGGCGUAAUUACGUUGGCAUCUUAUUGGAAGGAUUCCUGAAGACAGAGAACCGAAAUUCGAUCAAACAUCCAGCUGUGCUGCUGCCGUCGAACACUGAUUUGAAUUUAUUUGGCUUGCAGUCUUCAGCCUUGAACAUUAUAGACUACUGCUAUACUGCAUCGAGUUAUCAGGUGGAAGCUAGAUCAAGGGCUAUCUUGCUUGAAAUAGGGAGGCCAGAUAUGGAAGCCGAUCUGCAAAGAAGUGCAUCAAUGCUGUCUCCAAAACUCGGACCACCACGAACGCAGAGCAAAGAGCACAUCGGUUUGCUCAGGUGGCCGGAGAAUUCUGUGAGAUCCAAAGGGCCUGGAAAUCCAAGCCUAGCUGAAAUCAAAAACCAACCCGGUAGCUUCUCUGCUAGAGCCUUGCAAGUCAGCAUGUAUGGUGGCAUGAUGGAUGACAUGCACCCUGCUCAGAGGCGGCAACCGAGGCUUGAUCAUGUGGAGGGAAACCAGAAGCACAGCGUCUCCUAUCCAGAGGUGCCUUCAAGGGCAUCCAACACGCGGCCUCUGCUUUCUGUGAAGUCGGCGGGUCCUAGUGUGAUGAGCAGAAAAUCUGCUCUUGCUCAAGCUCAAGCUUCAGCUCCUGCACUUUCCCCCUUUCCGCAGCAAGCAGCCGGCCAGGAACGGAGGGUGGUAGCUGAAGGUGAUAAUUCGGGUGACGAGUCCGAGGGGGAAGACGUUAUUGUCACAGUGGACUCUCCCAGCAUGCUCUCUUUCCAUCCAUCCUCUGGCCCACCGCCAGGCAACUGACAGAUGCAGCAUGUGCC